AUGGAUUUUCCCCCCGUGUUUUGCCUCUUCGACGCGUCAAGUCCCGCCAUACAAUUCAUUUUCGCGAUGAACGAUGCGACGACCUCCUUGCUCACUGAGCACUUCAGCUAUACUCCCUUGUCUCUCAUAGAUGACAUUAUUAACUCGAUAAACAACCUGAUCUACCAGGCCAUAUCGAGCUUGGAAUCCGGGCUGCUCAACACGCCGCCCGAGCGCCUUGGUUUCUCCCAUGCCAACAAUGGUAUCACAAUCCCGGAAACGGACGAUGAUGGCAAUGUGCUAUAUCCCGAAGCGAAGCUAGAGAUCGAAAACGGGUUGCAUCAGCUGGAGACGCUGCUUGAGACGAAUGUUGACAAAGCUUUCGACAAGUUUGAGAUCUAUGUCCUGCGAAACAUCCUCACUGUGCCGGAAGAUCUGCUCGGAUAUGUGCGCUUAAAACAUUACGAGGUAUAUACGCCCACGCCCGAAACCAUUCAUGCGCAGCGCAAGAAGCUAUUCGAGACGAAGAAGCUGAACCGGUCGUUGAAAGAAGAGAGCGCCCGAAACGAUGCGGUCAUUUCUCAACUGAAGUCUAUACUUUCUACGGUUCAAACAGCUAAGGUCGAAGACGCGGCCGCGACACCAAGCAAGCCACUUGAUUUGUCCUUCCUGACCUCCGGUGCAGCUGCGCGCCAGCUUCGAGUCGGCGUGGAUACCGGGUCAAAUGCCAAACAUACACCUCUGACUACACAUACGACCUUUAUCCUCUCGCAACUGCCCGCGUUGCAGGCCACACUUGAGAAACUUCGUCCGAAGCUGGCGGCUUUACCUGAGUCGAUGAUCCCAAUGGAAACUAAGUCAAAGAGAGACGAGAGGAAGGAGUACAUUGAGGGCCGAAUCAGACUACACCUCGAGCGAGCUGGUCAGCUUGCCACUGGCGAUGACGGAAAUCCUGUCGUCGCAGGUCGCAGGAUUGAUAUCAAAGAGGCACAUGCUCUGGAAAGCGUGGCCAAUAUGCUUGCACAGAAAGAGAACGUGUAA